CUGUCUUUGGAUAUUUUCAACAAUUUACUGCUCAACAAUCCACUUCUCAACAAUUUACUUCUCAACAAUCUGAUUCUCAACAAUUUAUUUCUCAACAAUCUAUUUCACAACAAUCUAUUUCUCAACAAUCUAUACAAUUUUCUCAACAAAUUUCUUUUCAACAAACUUCUAUUUCACAAAUUUUUUCACAAUUUACUCAUCAAGAUUCCCAACAAUUUAUCAUUAAUAUGUUUGAAGAUUUUGCAUUUGAUAAUACUAUUAUUGAAGAAUUUAAUAAUUCAACAGAUUUAUCUAUUAAAUUUGUACAAGAGGAGUUUAUUGAUAUAAUUAUUAAUUGGAUAGUUGGUGAUGAUCAAUCAUUUAGAGUUGUUAAAAAAUCUAGUUUUAAAAAGAUUAUUGAAUAUUUAAGAAUUACUACUGAUAAUGCAUCUAAUAAUAAUACAAUGUUUAGUUAUUUUGCUAAUUAUUGUACUUAUGAUGAAAUUUAUUUUGAUAUAAAUAAUCAAAGAGUAAGAUGCUUAGCACAUAUAAUUAAUUUAGCAGUUCAGGAUCUUUUAAAAAAUCUUAAAGCUGAAGGACCUAAUGAAAAUAAAAUUUUAUUAAAUAAUGAAGAUAUUAUAUCUACAGUAAAAAAACUUAGAAAAAUUAUUAUAAUAAUUUAUUCUUUAUCACAAUGUAGAGAAAAAUUUUUUCAAUAUAAUCCUAAUAAUCUUGAAUUAAUUUUUGAUAUAAAAACCAGAUGGAAUUCAACAUAUUAUAUGUUAAAAAGACCAAUUAAUAUAAUAACAAAACUUGAUAAAGAAAUUGAAAAUUAUUCUUUAUCUCAAGAAGAAUGGAAACAAAUUACAAUAAUUCAAAAUUUAUUAGAA